CAAAGGCAGCUUCCCUGCAGCAUCAAAACAAACCAGUCAAGAACCGCCCACCUCAAGAAAUAUGCAGGCUGACGAAUACAAUCGCCGAGGUAAGGAGUUGGUGGAGUACAUCACAAAGUACUUGGGCUCCAUCCGGGAGAGAAGGGUGAUUCCAGAUGUGAAGCCAGGCUACAUGAAGGAACUUCUACCAGACACGGCACCCACAGAGGCCGAAGACUGGGAGAGAAUAUUUGAUGACAUCGAGAAGGUUAUCAUGCCUGGAGUGGUCCACUGGCAGAGUCCUCACAUGCACGCCUAUUACCCUAGUCUGACAUCAUGGCCCUCAUUGCUGGGGGACAUGCUGGCUGAUGCCAUCAACUGUGUUGGCUUCACCUGGGCCUCUAGUCCUGCUUGUACAGAGUUGGAAAUGAAUGUGAUGGACUGGCUUUGUAAAGCCUUGGGCCUUCCCCAAUUCUUUCUCCAUUACCACAGCGAGAGCCGGGGAGGAGGUAUCAUACAGAGCACCGUCAGCGAAAGCACACUCGUGGCUCUUCUGGCGGCCAGGAAAGACAAAAUUCUGCAACUGCGUGCCGACCUGGAGCACGAACUGGAUGACUCUGUCCUAAAUUCAACGCUAGUGGCUUACGCUUCAGAUCAGGCACACUCCUCAGUGGAAAAGGCGGGUCAGAUCUCUCUCGUGAAGAUCCGAUUCCUACCCACAGAUGAGCAUUUGUCUCUGAGAGGAGAGAUGUUGAAACAGGCCAUACAAGAGGACAAAAGCAGAGGACUGGUCCCUUUUCUGUUAUGUGCCACUUUGGGAACCACAGGCGUGUGUGCCUUUGACACACUCUCAGAAUUGGGACCCGUGUGCGCACAAGAGGGACUAUGGCUCCAUGUGGAUGCUGCUUAUGCUGGCUCGGCCUACUUCUGUCCAGAGCUGCGCUGGUCGCUUGAAGGCAUUGAAUUUGCACACUCGUUUGUCUUCAACCCAUCAAAAUGGAUGAUGGUCCAUUUUGACUGCACAGCUUUUUGGGUCAAAGACAAACUCAAACUUCAACAGACGUUCAGUGUGGACCCCGUUUAUCUCAGACACGAAAACUCACAAGCAGCCACAGACUUUAUGCACUGGCAGAUUCCACUCAGUCGGCGUUUCCGCUCCCUCAAGCUCUGGUUCGUCAUGCGUUCCUUUGGACUGAAAAAUCUCCAGGGACAUAUCAGACAUGGUAUUGAGAUGGCAAAGCUCCUGGAGUCUCUGAUAAGAAGUGACCCAAACUUUGAGAUUCCUGCAAAGAGAUAUCUCGGCCUGGUUGUUUUCUGUCUCAAGAAAGGUAAUGCUUCAACCCAGGAGCUGCUGAGGAGGCUGACACGCUCUGGUGCCAUGUACCUCAUUCCAGCAGACAUUCACCGCAAACACAUCAUUCGAUUCACCGUGACCUCACAGCACACCACGGCAGAUGACAUUCACAGAGAUUGGAACAUUAUCUCCAAAAUAGCUUCCAAUCUCCUCGCUGAAACGCGGGCUCUUGAUAGUUCAAAGACCUUAGGAGCCACAGUGAAAGGCGAUGAAGACAUAAGUGUCAGGGCACUGGAGACUGAAGAGACCGCCCCAAGAAUGGACAAGGCCCAAGUGGAGCUUUGGAUCGACAAGGCUUGGAAUCAAUCCAGGAGACCCAUGGGCUCUCUGAGCUGCAACAGUGAGCCUCUGCCAUACAGUUAUCUCGGUCUAAGAAGCGGCUACGCCUUUGAAACAAAGCUGAGCCCUCAAGAUGAAGUCGACCUGCCAACGUUAGCGACGACUGGAGGUGCUAUCGCAGGAAAGAUAGCGGAGGUGCCUUCUAAAAUUGUCAGCAAGCAAAUCAUAAAAAAGCUGACCAAGUUCAACAGUGUUCCAAGCUUCUGCAAUCAGUGGGCGCAGGGUGGUCACCACCAGAUCUGCUGCCCUCUAAAAGUGUCUCAGGCUCCAAAGCAUUUGACCUCCACUUGUAGGAGAAUAAGCUGUACGCCAUCUUCCCCCGUUACCAACCCAGCUGCCUCUCCCGACCCCAUGGAAACUACUCCUACUUCCAAACUUCUGUAAAUGUGGCAUUUAGCAAGUCUGUGAACUAAUUCUCAAAGUGAAUUGCACAGGCUCCCUCUAGUGGUAUGUGAAAGUAUGACUUAAAUGUUCAAACUGCAUCAUGUUACAGUGGCUUCAACUUUUGUUUGUAAAUUCAGAUUGUUAGUACAUUUGUUUAGGUCACUUCUCAUUGUAUUUAACAUUUAAGUACAAUACGCUUGCAUGAAAUCUUUUAGAAUAGUUUUUCAAUAUUUCUUUUUGUGUGCAAUACAUUUUAACUGAAGUAAUUUAAGUACUAAAGUGAGGGGUUAAAGUCUCUGUAAAGUGAAACUAAAUCUGUCUUGUAAAUUUGGCACACCACAAAGAAGCGUUUUAUUAACGACCAAUGUUUAUUGUAGUCUUUAGAAACAUUGCUGAAUUCACUUUGAAGGGGUUUUAAACUUACACGCAAUGCAUUUUAAUUGAAUCAUUGCCAAUGUUAAUGUUCAAAAUGUUACAGUGGCUUACAAUGACAUAAAAUGUACUUUUUAGGAAUAAAACUUCUGCUCUGGUCAGUGGUGGUACUUGGGACAGGCAAGUAUUUUUCCAGGAGGUUUUUGA